GAGGGUGGGAGGGAGGGUGGAGAAGAGCAGAACAGAACCAUGUCUUCCGCUUCCAGCGAGAUCACCAGCACAAUUGAGAUUAAAGAAGAGAACGGCAGCCUGCAGCCAAAGAUCAGUGCUCUGGGCUCUCCAGGCACCCUGGAGCCUGAAGCGGGCGCACUGUCUGCAAGCCCGGAGAUUUCCCAGCAGGUUCCCGUUGAACUUUUAACCAACCCCGCGUCCGCUCUGACUUUCUCGCCGGAGCAAGUGGCGUGCGUGUGCGAGGCUCUACAGCAAGGAGGGAACCUGGAUCGCUUAUCCCAGUUCCUCUGGUCUCUGCCUCCCAGCGAUCUGCUACGUGGCAACGAAAGCAUCUUAAAAGCACGGGCUCUGGUGGCCUUCCACCAGCACCGAUACAAAGAGCUCUACAGCAUUCUGGAAAGCCACAACUUCGACCCUUCGUGCCACACUUCGCUGCAGGACCUGUGGUACAAAGCCCGCUACACAGAAGCCGAGAAGGUCCGGGGCCGGCCCUUGGGGGCCGUGGACAAGUACAGGCUACGCAGGAAGUUCCCCUUGCCCCGCACCAUAUGGGACGGCGAGGAGAGGGUCUACUGUUUCAAGGAGAGGUCGCGCAACGCGCUCAAGGAGCUGUACAAGCAGAAUCGCUACCCUUCGCCGGCCGAGAAGCGCAACCUGGCCAAGAUCACGGGGCUCUCCCUCACCCAGGUCAGCAACUGGUUCAAGAACCGGCGCCAGCGGGACCGCAACCCCUCGGAAACCCAGUCGAAAAGUGAGUCAGAUGGUAAUCACAGCACAGAAGAUGAAUCUAGCAAGGGACAAGAUGACAUGUCGCCACGCCCAUUGUCCAAUCCAUCAGAGGGAAUGAACCAAUCCAACAUCCAUAGUCAUCCGGAAGGCAUGUUUAUGCAUCAUAUUGGGGAACUGAAGCCUUCCCAGAAUUCCUCUGGCAUACUACUGAAUGGAAAUCUCGUAACGACAAAUGGCUCUCCUGUUUUUUACAACGGAAGUUCUUUCAUCCAAGGGCCAACUGGCGUCCUUGUUAAUGGUCUGUCUUUAGGAAAUGCCCAAACAAUAAGUUUAAGCCCGGUUGGAACCACUCCGAGCGUGCUGGUUAAUAAUAUUUCAAACGGCUCUGCUAGUGGCAGUGAAAUUAAAACUGAGCAUGUACGCAUCCUACCCUCUCAAGAAAUGGCAUCCUCAGGUUCUGUAGAAGUCAAUCGAAGCCCAAUGCAAGUAAACCAAUAUAGCCUUGUGCAGCUCCAAAACUCAGAAAAUAAUAUCCAACUGGUAAAUGGAAACAUUGGGAUACCUUCACUGCAGCUUCCUUCAGUUUCUACUGCACCGUCACAAGGAAACAUUUUGAUAACAAAUGCAUCUGAUGGAGGGACAUUCCUAAGUGCUCCUGCAGCCAGUCUUCAGCAAGGUAAGGUUUUCUUGGCUGCCACGGUCCCACCGAAUGCAGUAAUGUGUGCAUUACCCAAUUCAGGACAUGCCAUGGCGCCAGUCAAACAAGACACGUUGGACGGGAGUCUUAUCUUUUCUCAAUUGAUGUCAGUGAGUGGAAAUAAUCAUCUGAAUAUCAAUACAUCAACUGGGAACCAAGCUGCAACGACUCUACAAUCUCCAUCAUCAUCUCUGUUAAACACAGGCCUGUCUCAAAGUCUGCCUUUGACUUCUUCAAACAUGCUAAAUACAUCAAAUACCUUGAGCUUCAGCCUCACAGUGAGUCUUCCACUGUCAACAACUGCACCUCUAAAUUGUGACCAACAUUUGCCAUCUGCAGUCACAAAUGCAGUUCCUGUGUCGAUGGCCAACAAUGAAUAUGUUACACUCCAGAACUGCAAUCUACUUCCACACGAGUCUGAAUCUAAUGUGGACACUUCUGACAUUGAUAAGCCCAGAAAUCUCAUCACUGAGGAAGCACAUGAAUACAUCAGUGGGCACGUGUCAGUACUUCACCCCCCUGUGAAAGAAAACUACUUGGUCGUCUUGGAGAACAAAGCUGGCAACCAUCUGUCAGUGAUGGACUCCAAAUCCAAAUAUGUUAUAAAUGAUGUGGUGAAUAAUGUCUGCAAAGAACUGGAAACUGAAGAAAAAGAACUAGCAAAACUUCAAAAUGUUCCCAUGGAUGAAGAUAUCAGUGAUUUAUAACGGCUUACAGACAUGUGGUUGUUAAAAAUCUUUAAUAGUUUCCGUCCAUGCAUUAAGGCAUCCAAAUACAGAAGUGCUUUUGUUAGCAAACUUUAUCUACUUCAUAAUUUAAAAAAAAACUUAUGCACGCAUAGAUGGAAGUGAUUAAACAUUUGUCUGUUACACAUUUUUACUGGAGUCUUGAGAAUUCUUAGUUUUAAGCUGAUAUUUAUUUUUCCAAAGUGUAAAGGUGGCAUAAAACAUGUCUGGUCAGUUAAACUCAAGAAUACAGUAUGGUUAUUGUUUUAAAAGUACAUGUCCAUAUUGAUGUGUUUAUUAUUUGUGCGUCUAUCAGUUGUUUUGUAUGCAUGGUUUGAUAUCAGCCUACUGUCAACAGCUGUUUUUAGGCAUUUCCUAAUACUGUUCACUAUUUGAACCAGAGACUUAAAAAAAAAUAACACUAUGUUCACCUCCGCAGACAAAAGUAUAAAGAAAUACUUCAAAUAUAAUUUAUACCUUGCUUAUUUUCAAACAAUCUUUCUUAAGAAACUACCCAAAACAUACAGAAAGCAUAUUUGGCGUUCUUUUGCAUGACUAUUAACUGACAAUCAAUACCAAAACUAUCAUUAUAAAUACCAUUACAGUAUAAAAUUUUAUUUUUUAGUUAUCCUGAAGUCAAAUAAGUACUGUGAAUAUUGGCAGGAAGUAUCCCUUUCCUGUUAAACUACCUGCACAAAAUGGAGAUGGGAUGUGUGGAAAAAGUGAAUAGCUCAAAUUGGUACUAACCCAUGAAAAUAAUACCACAGAGGAAACUUUAUUUUUUUUUUUUCUUAACAUUUUAUUAAUAUGUUACUUGCAUGUGAUUAGUUCAAUGAACUACUUGAAUCUUGGCCAGGAAAUUUCUUUUUCUAAGGGUGUUCCUAUACAUUUAUUUGAUGCCUUAAUCAUUAUUCACCUGAGCUUACCCAAAGCAGUCAUGUAUAUAUAAAAGUUAAAAAUAAAGAGUUUAAUACUUUUGUACUUUAUAAAGUACCAUCUCAGCUACUUUAUCUGCUCUACCAUUGUAUGACGUACAACUCAUUCAUGCUUGUUGUCACGACCAAUUGGCUUAAAUGGAUUCUGCAUCAUUUACAGCCAAUUUCUUUGAAUAUUUGUUUUGGAUUUUUCUUUAUGUACCAUGUUAUACAUGGAACUUUAAAAUACUUAACAAUCCAUUGCACACUGGUUAGCUCAUGUUUUGCACUGAUAGUUUGCAAUGAAUCAAGCAUUUUGGGUAAUGUUCACAAUCUGCUUGAGCUUUCAUGGUUUAUAUUACCGGUCCCAAUCACUAAAGUGCUACAGUUUAGCAGCAUGGGCCUGACCAAAGCCAGAGUAGUGACUGAGUCAGCAAGAUAAAUCAAGAUAUCAAUCUUUGUGGAUUCAUAUCGCUUCAGUGUUUUCUGAGAAACUUCAGCCUAUCGUGUUACGUAGCCAACAGAAUUUAAAACCCAACAUUUCUAUAUCAUAAAAAGAAUACAUUGGUAAAUUCAGUAACCUUGAUCUUGAGGUGACCUUGAUCCAAGCCUAGCCAGUUUUAUGUUGUUCCUAUACAAAGGUCACAAAUGUUGCUACUUUGCAAUGUACUACCAAUCAGCGAAACACUUUAAUGUAUAAUCAAUUUUUACCAGGUAAUCUAUUCCCUUUUCAAAUUUUCAUCAAACAUGGCACUAAACUCAAUUCCAAUUCAUGCUAUUUAUUAUGCAUGUCCUCCUCACUCACUAAAAUAAUGGAUUGUUUGUGCUGAAAGUCAUGUGAUGGUCACUACACAUAAAGCACACCAAUUUUUGUUUACAAAUUUCAACUUGCCUUAAUCUCAUGCUGUUAGUUUUAAAAAUAUAUAAAAUUUGAUUGCUGGUACAGACCUUCCAGGCUUCCAACCACUUCCCCACUGCGCCCCAUCCAACCUGUGUGCCUUAUAGCUUUUUUUAAAUGUGGAAACAGGUAUUUCUUCUAGUGAAAUUUAAAUUCUGUAACUCCAUAUAUGCAUUUUAGAAUUAAACAGGUAUGUUCAUUAUUUGAAUGUUUCCUCUUGCAUUAAGUGCCUAUUGUGGGUUUAAAAUAUUUAAAGAAAUGUGUGGCAUUUGAAAACCUGUCCAGCUCAUUGCAGUAAAUAGAAAAAUCUAUUCUUCUCAAAGUGAAAAUGAAUUGUAGCCAAGUAUGUUUUUUCUGGUAUGUGAGAGCCUGCCUGUAUGUUGAGACAAUCUUCAUAUUAUUUGGAUUAAAAGUAUUUUUAUAUGAGCAAGGAAAAGCGAAUGACAAUGUCAGCAGGAGGUUUGAACAAAGUUUUUAACGACACUCGCAUUGUACCUUAAGUUUUUUUAAAAUGUAAAAGCUUUAUCAAAGUAUCGGUUAUAAAGAAUUUUGUUUUUUAAACUGCUCUGUAGAUAGUUCAAAGAGGAAACUGAACAGGGUUUCUAACUUAAGAAAUGACACUCCAUAUUUUUUCUUCUAUGAACUCAAGUUAAUAUUGGGUUUGUGUACUCCAAGAUUACCCGAACAGCGGGAAAAAUAUGCAGCCUGAUUUGCAUAAAAUGUCAUUCGCCUCUUUUCAAUUUUUUGUUUGAAAUGCUGAACUUUGAAAUGUGUAAGUUGUGAGACAAUGCAUUGUGUACUUUUUGUAUUUGUCACUCUUUUAAACGGUUCUGGCAAAAAACCCCUAUCCCUACAAUAAUUAUUGAGGUGUGGAGUGGUAAUAUAUCACUGCAUUGCUUCCUUAUCUGACUGCACAUGAAGUAAAUUAAUGUUUUUUUCUGUAACUAGGAAUAUGUUAGUUGAUGUUUUAUAGCUUACUCUAAAGGGGUAUUAAUUUAAAGGGAAGGUUUUAUUAGCCAUCACACGUUAUAUACUUUGAUUUCAAGUCUGUUUUACUGUACUGUAGAUUUGGCAUGAAACUUUAUAAACUUUUAAAAUUGUGUGUAUAUAUAGACAUAAUCAAACCAGUGUAAGGGAUAUGGAUAACUAAAACAUCUAUACUGCACUAACUUCUUGGUGAUGGUACAUUGAGCAUGUGUUAGUGUUUUGUGUUCACCCUUAUUAUACCAAAGAUACUUUGAAUAAUAGUUUUGACGUAUAACCUGGUUUGUCUAUACUGUUACAUGACCUUUGUUUAUAUCUGAAAUGAUUUGAGCUUAUUUUUCUAAACACUAUACUCAAUGAACUUUAUAUUUAUACAUUU